CGCUACAGAGCAGCACAGCACACCAGCGCAAAACGUUUCGAAGCUCUGUCAGUGGUGGACGCGUUCGGGAAAGUUGGUGUAAAAUUUGCAUUUCCGUUCGAAUAGGAAAAGUUUUGAUAAGCGGAAAAGUGUCACCAAAGUGUGCGGAAAAUUGUUUACAUCGCGAUCGGAGUUCGGUUUUCGCGGAAAAACUACAAUCUGUGGUGCGAGAAAAGGUUUUCUUUUGCAUGCGCUGGAGAAGAUUUUCGGCAAAUUUGAACAAAGUGUCGUAAAUAUCGGUGAAAAGUGUGACAAUUUGCAGAAAAGUGCUAGAAGUUGUGAAAAUUUUGGAUUUUCCAAGCUGGAAGUGAAUUUUUCCCUAGUGAAAUUGUGCCUGGCAAAAGUGAUUGAACGCAGCGUAGUUGGACAAGAUGGCGACGGCAGCGGCAGCCAAUCAGCGUCGAGCUUCUGUCGCUCGGGUACAGGAUGAUGAUUUUUCGUACGUUUUCGCGUCAUCGUUCGGCAGCAGCAGCAGCAAAAUUUAGUGCGUCCUCGUCGCAGAAGGAAGAACAAAACCCGUAGAUCAGCAAGUGAGGAAGAGUGUGUGCAAGAUUUUAGGCUCGCGCGGAAAAAAUCAACCAAAUUGGAGUCCGAGAACAUCUUCCUGACAUGUGUCAGGUGGAAAUUGGUGAAAUUGGCUAAAGUGCUGGCCGGAAGCGCCCCGAAUCAAAACUACGGUUUUUUAAAGUAAGCAAAACACACCAAAGAAUACAUCGUACAACUCCAACUGUAAGUAACGUUGCUUGAAACGUUACCACCUUUUUGUGAGUUGCUGCAAACCUCAGUCUCGAGGAGUUAGCAAGCAGGCUGCACAAUGAGUAGCCGAAAGUCUGCGGCGGCAGCUGCAGCUGCAGCAGCCGCGGCCGGAGAGGGUUCCUCCACCGGCAAGAGACGUGGCCGGCCGCCAAAGUCACAAUCGGCCGCAAUGGACCGACCGAAGAGCAAGUUUCAGUACCAUCUACUGAAGAAGCCCAAAUAUCUCUGCAAAGACGGUGGCAAUGGGGAUUCGCGCUUCAGCACUCCGUCGGCAUCUCGGGCUUCGUCGCCGCAAGGCAGCGAGGAAAGUCGACCGUCUACAUCGCGCCGAUCGGCACCGGCCAAGACGCCCCGCUCGGCAAAGGCCACCGGCAAAGGAAGGAAAUCUGUCGGCGGUCGGGGGCGAGGAGGAAACAAUCGGAAAAGUUAUACCUACCACGAGUCAGAAUACCACUACGGCUCGGAUUUCGGUGAUGACAGUGACAAAAGUGACGCCUAUGAUGACUCCAUGCGAUCGGCCAGCGAUUCCGAAGACAGCCUGGCGAAUGAAUCCGAAUCGGACUUUUCGAUACACAGCUUCAGUGCAUCGACGGGGAUCAUUUGUCAGAAGGAACCAUCGCCGGAUCCGGUGUGGCUUCAGGAUCGCAGUUAUCCCCCGUUGGAGUUGCCGGCAUCGUCGGAAGAUCUGCUCGUUUCGAACAGUAUCGUGCUGAAGUGCACAUCGAUCUACGAAAUCAUCAGGCGGUUCCGGAAUUUGGUACGGUUGUCGCCGUUCCGGUUGGAGGACUUUGCGGCCGCCAUCGUAUGCGACGAUCAGAGUCCUCUGUUGACGGAGAUUCACAUCAUGUUGAUGAAGGCGAUUCUCCGGGAGGAAGAUUCACAGCAGACACAUUUUGCGCCCUUGGAUCAGAAAGACAGCGUUAACAUAGCACUCUAUUUGAUAGAUUCCAUUACAUGGCCAGAGGUGUUGCGGAGUUACAUUGAAAGUGAUCCCGCUUUGGAUCAGCAGGUGUUGGAGAUACUCACGGUUAAUGAGUAUCCUUUUGUGGCCCCGGAAGAGCGUCUGAAGGUUCUGCAGUUUUUAACGGAUCAAUUUUUAGUUACGACAACGGUGCGCGAUGACAUGCUACAGGAGGGUCCCAUCCAUUACGACGACCACUGCCGAAUCUGUCAUCGGUUGGGUGAUCUGUUGUGUUGCGAAACGUGUCCGGCCGUUUUCCAUCUGGAAUGCGUUGAUCCACCCUUGAUAGACGUCCCGAGUGAAGACUGGCAGUGUAAUCUGUGCAAGUUGCAUAAGGUUUCUGGAGUCAUGGACUGUAUUACGCCCCAGGAGAAACAGGGAAUGCUUUGUAGGCAGGAGUUACUCGGCUAUGAUCGUCAUGGACGGAAAUACUGGUUCAUUGGAAGGAGAAUUUUCAUCGAGACGGAAGAUUCGGGGGAGGUUUGGUAUUUCAGUACGGUGAAGCAGUUUGAGUACUUGCUGUCCAAGUUGGAUCCCGAUGACUUGGAAUCGCAUCUCUGCAAGGAGAUAGAUGAGCGGAGGGAUGAAAUAAUAAAGCACAUGACGCUCACGGAGACAAUAACCUGUCAGCAGAAAGGUAACAAGAAGUCGUACAUUGAAUUGGACAAUCAACGACUAGAGAAGUUGAUGCAAGAGGAAGGAUUGGCAGCGAAUAAGGACGCUGACGAGAAAAUGGAUGUGGACGACCAGAAAGAGGGCGGUAACAGUGAGGCAUCUGAUGAGAAAUCAAAUGAUGAGCAGCCCAACGGUGACGAUUCAUCAAGCAAGGAAGAUGAUGACUCGAAGGCUUCCGGUGAUAAACAUGUGACGAGGCUGAAGACGGGAUCGUUGACACCACGGACGUUCAGCGCCGAAGAGAUGAAGAGGAAAAGUUCGUUGACCAAAGAAGACGAAGAAUCGCGAUUGACGCGUAACAAGUUGUCUCAGAUAUCCAACGGAACGUUGCAUUUCAAACUUGGCAUGGAAAAUGGGUUCAAAGCGUACGUCAAUCAGUACUCGAUCAAUCCGAUUGCGCUGAAUAAACCACAACGGAACGAAGACCGAGACAAGAAACGGCAUCUGUCACACAAGUUCUCCCUGACGCAGGCCUCGGAGUUCAAGUGGCUUGGAGGAGGUAUGUACAGCACCCAGGCGCAGAUCAUUUCCACGAUCAAACAAAGCAUCAUUGCGUUGGAGCAGGCAGUUGCUUCGCCUUUCCUGCACCAAAAUUGGACCAAAUUGAGGAAAACGUGGAUUGGAGCCAUCAGUGCCUGCACCAAAGCGAAGGACUUUGCUCGAAUUCUUUGCAUCCUGCAGGCGUGCAUGAGGAGCGUGAUUUUCGCUAGUGUUUGGCAUGAACAGCUGGGUCACACAAAGAUGUACAAGAUAACGUCCGCCGAGCGGGAGGAGAAGAAGAAACUCGAAAAGCGAGAGAAGCGAGAACGCGACGAUGAGGAAGAGCGCAAUCGCAGCACGUUCAAUUUCGUCAAAUAUUCACUCGGUCUCCGGCAUCAGGUUUGGAAGCAGAAGGGAGAAGAAUAUCGGAUACAUGGUCAGUGGGAUUGGGUUUGGAUGUCGUACAGUCGAAGGAAGGGCAAAAAACCCAGUCGGGAAACGAACGAAGUGAACCACGUUCUAAUACCCAUUGUAGCGGAGGUGCACAAGAAACUUCUUAAAAUCGACGCAAAAACACACGAAGCGUAUCAACUAGUAAGAAAAGGCCGUACAGAUCUCGAUUUCAUGACCGGAAAUGAAGCGUUAGACAGCCGGUUAGAGGAGAAAUUCAAUCAAACGGAAACAUUCCAAGUGCCGGAAACGUACGACCAAAUUGACGUCUCCAAGGCGCUUUCCACGCCAGGUGGUCGCAUCUUGUAUCCCAAAAUUGCCAAGACCGCAUCAGUGCUGGAUGGAUUGCUGCAGCGACGGGUUGACUUGAAAGAAGCCGAGGAACGGAAAUUCGCCAAAGUUAAAGACGAAGAAGACAUUGGGGUGAAUGUUAUUCACAAACCAGAAGCGGUUCAAGCGCGUCUAGGCGAAUGUGUAGAAAAGCAGCUUCAAUCCAUUAUAAACAGUCGUCACCAUAACUCCAACAUCCGGAAUCAACUGUCCUUGAAUAAACAACCCGUUCGGUUGACCGGUGAACAACUGGAAAUCUUGAUCCUGAAAAUCCUCCCAUUGCGUUCCAAGUACCAACAUGUGAAUGCCCUUGUCCAGCAAAACAAGUGCUAUUCGUUGGAUUGCGAAAAUGGCCUCUGCUAUUCACCUCUAUGCCUACAAAAACAAGCCCUCAAGGAGGAACUGUUGCCCCUGUUGAAGAAAGUUCAAACGAUGCAAUCGGCUCCCAUGGCCAACCCCACAAUUGCCGGUGUAAAAUCCAUCCUGGAGCAGAAACUGACCGAGUACAAGGCGGAAAACUUCGAUUCCAUGUUGGCCAACUUCACCAUGAACCGGUAUCGGUCGAUCCUCGACGACUGGGACCGAGCGCAUCAGCAUCUGAUUGAAUACGACGAACAGUUCAUACAAUCGAUGGCGGCGCCGAAAAUGCCCGAGGAGCACAACAACAACGUUACGAACGAGGUGGAAAUCAAAACCGAAGAGGCUCCCGAUAUGGUCGUCAAGGAGGAAGUCGUCAGCACCGAAGGGGAACCGGAUUUGAACGGGUCGGAAAAAAUGGACGAUAGUUUGAAGCUGAACGAGAACUCCAAUUCCAUAUCGGAGAAUUCGUGCGAUGAACCGCGAUCCACUCGUCGUGGACGACCACGCAGCAGCAAAAACAAUUCGGUCGUCGUCGAAGACCCAGCGGAGGUGAAGGUGAAGGAGGAGGAUGAAAUGAUCAUUUUGCCGAAAAAAGAGCAUAAACCAAAUCGAAGAUUUGCCCUCUUGCCAUCGCGGUCUGUUAAAAAGGAAGAAACCGAAGAAAAGGAACUCGCUCCGGAUGGAAGCACCCGAGUUUAUUCCGUUAGCUCAACCAAAGGAAGGAUUUAUCUGCGCAAGGCACUGGAACCGGAAGUGAAAGUCGUCAAAAGCGAAACCAAAUCACCAGCGGCUGCCGUCGGACCAGUGAAACCGAAAUACCCUGCCGUCAACUAUUUCCAGACACGCAAGCAAACUACCUCGAUGAUGGUGUUGCCAAUGCACGAACUGCUCAAGCUGGCACGCAACGGAGGUCGCCUAUCUGCGGCCGGGUUCCAUCACCUGGCCAAGAACAACAACUCGGUGUGGCCUUACCCGUGUGCGAGACCGCUGUUCAAAACCUGCUGGCUGUAUAGGACUUUAAACUUGAGCACACUGUCGGCGGUCGGGUUACAGCUGCGUAUCAUAUGGACCUGCCUGCGGUGGGACGACAUGGCCAUGAAACCGGUCACAAGCGACGGAAAGCAUCAGGUUACAACCGAGUCGGAAAUUAUGUCCUUGGAGAUUCUGAAGCACCGAUACGCGGGAAUAUUCAACGAAAGGAUGCAAUAUUUGCGCAGGAAGGUUGUUAUCCCCUUAGAGCUGCCAAAGACGGUUCGCGAAGUGCAAUCAAUUCGUUCCGGGUUACGGAAGCGAAAACGCGCUGAAUCUCCUCAGCAAACCGAACCACAAGUCAGCGAAGAGUGGAUCGACGAAGACAAGUUGGAACUGUGGGAAAUCAAGUUGUACGGCGAAAAGCAGGAGAAAAUUGCCGCGGCACAAGCCCAGCAUGUCACUCGCACCAGUACCGGAAAACUUCCGGUUAGCCGCCAGACUCCAUCAUCGUCCGGCGAAUCAUCCAACUCAUCGACACCGACCAACAGUGGCAACAGUACCAACAAUGCCUCGUCGACACCCGUCCAGAACAAAUCGGCCGUCAUUUCCAGCAAAGCCUCCCGGGAGGAGAUCACCGAAAAAAUGGAACAACAGCUCCGGAUACAACGAGCAGCUCACAAUCAAAAGCGAGCGAUGGAGCUUAAACAACAAGGUCAAUCAUCCGAUGGUGCGACUCCACCCAAGCAAACAAUCGUCCAGCGACGAAUCAUCGUCAAAAAUGCCGACGGUACAACCAAAGUCAUUCAACAGAAUAUCACACAACCGGCCCGUGCAUCUCCGGCUGCGACGGCAACCUCAUCAUCCAGUCCACAGCAACAGCAAGCACAGCAAUCAGCUCCACCAGCUGCACCUGCGAAACCCGACGGCCCCCAAAAGGUCCAGAUCAUCCGUGGCCCCGACGGAAAGGUUAGCGUGCGCGGUCUCAACCCCGGCCAGCAGCUCAUUCAGACAGCCGAUGGAAAAUUGCAUGUUCUUAGUGCUGCUCCCGGAUCGAACCCCGCUAGCAAGCAAGCUAUUGCCGCAAAGGUCGGCCAGAAAAUCAUCACCAAGGUGGCUGCUGGAGCUAGUCCCGUUGCCAGUGGUUCCGCUGCGUCCGGCAGUGGCAAUGUGGUGUCGUCCGGCACAGCAGCCACCUCGGUGACGGUGACGUCUCCCACUACGGUCGCUCAGCCCCAACCACAGCAAAUUCAGGUGCAACAACAGCAACAGCAAGUCCAAAUCCAACAGCAGCAACAGGCUGCCCCUGUGGUCGUUAGUUCGCCUACGGUUACCCAGCAAAUUGUAAAUAAAUCUCCUAGCAUAGUGGUACGAAAUCAGGCCGGGCAACCAAUCAAGCAGAUUAUUCAGAAGCAGGUGGUGCAGAAGGUGCAAGCUACUAGCACGACACCGCAACAGCCGGUUACGCCACAGAAAAUCAUCAUCAACAAUCAGCAGGGAACUGUUCAGAAAAUCAUCACCUCCAGCGGUCAGCUAAUAACGACUACUGGAACUCCUGUUCAAAAGGUAGUCACGCCAUCUAACUUACAACAGUUGCUACAAAGCGCUGGGCAGAAGGUCGUUGUAGAAGCCAACCCCGGUCAGAGCCCUGUCCAGACGCAAAAGGUUCUAGUAGCCACUAGUCCCCCUGGUCAGCCUGUGCAGAAACAGAUUCUGAUCCAGAACGCCACACCUGGUUCUCCUCAGCAAAUCAUCAUCAACCAAGCCGGCGGGCAGAAAGUUGUGCAACAGAUCGUUGCCUCACCAGGACAGCAGAUCAUGAUCGGUGGGCAAAGGAUUAUGAUUGGUGGUCAGAAGAUCAUCAGCAAUCAACCGAUUCAGAUUCAGCAGAAUCAACCAAUCCAGCAGAUUCAGCAAAUCCAACAGGUGCAACAGAAAGUACAACAAGUACAUCAGAUCGUAACUUCAACACCGCAGCCGCAACAACCUCAGCAAAUUCAAAUACAAAUUCAGCAGCCCGUUGCCCAACCACCCCCACAACCACAGGUGCAAACCAUUCAAGCGCAACCAGCUCCACUUACCCAAGGUCAAAGUUUGACACAGCAGCUGUCCAGCGGAAAGCUUCAACUGGCCAACCUGAAUGGCCAGCAAGUGUUGAUACGACCCUUGGGCAACAAUCAGGCGCAGGUGGUUGCCCACAUAAAAACUCAGCCCAAUGGAACCGCACAAAUCAUUCCUUUGGCCAAUGCCAUUGAUCCUCCUCCUGCUCCAGUUCAACCCCAGCCUAUUCAACAAGUGAUGCAAGCUGUUCCCACUCAGCAAGCCACCAUUCAACAAGUUGUCCAACAACCAGUAUCACAAGCUACCGUCGUUCAGCAAGCAUUCACCACUUCCGGCGGAUCGCAAACCACGUUCCAACAGUUUGCAGCAGCAACCCAGCAACAGCAGCAGCAACAACAACAACAACAACAGCAACUGGAUCCGGUGGAGCAAACUUUGCUUCAAGGUCAGCCCCCGGGCACUGUCAUCAAGUGUGUCACUGCUCAGGUGAUACAAACUCAGCAGGGCCCGCGAAUAGUUCUGCAAGGUUUGCAAGGCUCCGAGUUUACACCCCAGCAGUCCGCUCUGGUGCAGCAGCAGGUCAAGCAACAGUUGCUCAAAGCCCAGGAAUCGAACGGCAAGCAGGGUGUUCUCGGGCCGACCAAAAUCUACCUGGCCAUUCAACCGUCCCAGCAGCAAACCGUUGCCGCACAGCCUCCGCCAUUGGCACCGGUGCAGAUCAAGCACGACGGUGGCACAACCCAUAUACAGCUCCACCAGCAAGCCGACUCGACGGUAACAACAACCACACCAACUGUGGAGGACUCGGAGCUUCCAGUUUCGGGCUCGCUCACAACGACUAUCAAAACCGCGGCCAGCACCAGCAGCAAUGACAAUAAACCGCAGAUCUUGUCCAACAUCGUUAUCAACGGUAGCAAUAAUGCGGCCAUCAACCCCAUGGUCAAAAAGGAACUGCAAAAGGUUCUGGCAAGCAAUCUGAGCAAGCAGAAUGUGAUACGGAUAUUACCGCAGCAGCAGCAGGUGGCAUCUCCGCAACCCCAGUUACAACCGAUGCAGGUGGAGGAGCAAUUACCACCGGAGCCAGUAACGAAUGAAACACCAGCUGAAGAAGUUGUAAAACCUGUAAAAGAAGAGGGUGCUCCCUCUGAUGAAGAAGCUCGGCCAGGUGACGAGAAGGAUGAUUCAUUUGUGGUAACGCCGGAUUACAUUCAGCAAACAAUCAAAAAUGCCUUGAAGCAGGAAAACCUGAAUCCGGAGAUUGAGGAGAAGUUGCUGAAUCUGCAACGGUACCAGGAAAAGCAAAUGAAAACCGACGACCGAUCGGCGGCCAUUGCUCUGCAGCAUAACUACAGCAACCUGAGUUCGAAUCGGGAACAUCACCAGCACCACCACCACAGCACUCCGGUAAAGUCGAAGAAACGAUCUCAUCGAGGGGAGGACGACGAUGACGAGUGGAUGAUGGACACUCCCAAGCGACGACCGACCAAAUCCGGCGGAAGUUCUCUUAGCUCUGUUGAGCGGAAAGUUCAUCAUACUGCUCCCAAGGACGGCGAAGGGCCUAGUUCCGCCAAAAAGCGAACGAUCUCACAUAGCGAUUCCACGAGUGCGUCGGUAGCUGCUUCGGCGGCGGCUGCUGCAGCGGCCGUGUUGGCCUCUGUUUGUGCCGAGAGUGCAGAGGCAAGGGAAAUGCCAGUUCCGUUGGAGAACACGACGACAACGACGACGACGACGACGGCGGCACCUGUCCCCAAUGCUCGCUCGGAAGCUGCUCGCAAGAGCAACGAGAGGCGAAAACAACAACAGGCUCUACUGCAGCAACAGCAAAGACAGAACAAGUUGCAGGCUCAACUGAACCGCCACAAAGAGCAACUGAAGAAAGACAUUCUCAAGAAGCGAUCUCAUCUCGAACGGGAAUUACAGGUACAAAUUCAGAAGGAACUGUCCGCCGAACUGGCAGCACGAUGCAAGCAGGAACAUCAACAGGCCAAACAGGAACAGCACAGCGGGAAACAGCAGGCAGCGGGGGCGGCGGCGGCAGCGACAACGGGAGCACCUUCGACACCUACCGAGAAGGGCUCCCACGCCAAGAAAAGAAAUUCGGCGUCCGCAUCGAAAGACAACCAAAAGACGCCAAAGCAUGCACCAGGCUCGACUAAAGCGGAGAAGUCAUCCAAAGCGAGCGCUAAGAAGGCAUCAAAGAAAAAGGAGAAAAUUCUUUGCUUGUGUCGAACGCCGUACGAUAAUACCAAGUUCUACGUUGGUUGUGACCUGUGCCAUAAUUGGUUCCAUGGAGACUGCGUUGGAAUCUCCGAGGAGCAGUCGAAGGAAAUCAACGAAUUCGUGUGUAGCGAAUGCAAGCAUGCUCGCGAGACGCAAGAAUUGUACUGUCUGUGCAAACAACCGUAUGAUGAAUCCCAAUUUUACAUUUGCUGUGAUAAAUGCCAAGACUGGUUCCAUGGGCGCUGCGUGGGAAUUCUGCAGAGUGAGGCGGAGUUCAUCGAUGAGUACAUUUGCCCCAACUGUCAGAUCAACAAUUCGGUCAAUUUCGCCAACAUGAAGUCGCUGAGUGCGAAGGAGUUUGAUAACUUGAAAAAGUUAAUUAAGCAAAUUCAGCAUCACAAAAGUGCAUGGCCUUUCAUGGAACCGGUCGAUCCGGAUGAAGCACCGGACUACUAUCGUGUAAUAAAGGAACCAAUGGAUCUCCAAAAAGUGGAAAACAAAGUGAACAAUCAAACGUACCACACCCUGUCGGAGUUUAUCGGCGAUAUGACCAAAAUCUUCGACAACUGUCGGUACUACAAUCCGAAAGAGUCGCAGUUCUACCGGUGUGCGGAGAGUUUAGAGUCGUUCUUCGUACAGAAGAUUAAGUUUUUCCGCGAAAACCUGGUGGAAAAGAAGUCGGCCGGGACGAGUUCUACAUCCACAGCGACGGUGUAGAGGACAACAGCGAUAGGCUUCUAGGUUAUUCAGCGCGCUAUGCAAGCACAAUAAAGUUUUAUCCGUUUUUUAUUCAAUCUAUCAUUGUACCUUUGUAUCUAUUCCACACGCAACAUGGCAAUACAUAGCGAACCGCAUAGAUUUCCUAAGUUUAACACUUUUAUUUCUCUUCCUAAAUUCUAUUUAUAGCACCAUAGAUGAAUAUUUUUUUAGAAUUAAACCAAAUAAGUGUUUCUUUGUAGAGCUGGUAGAAUAUAUCAACUGUACAUAUGCAAUUCUAUUGUGAAAUAAAUUUGAGCUAUGAAUUCAUUUCUAACCAUCAUCAGUUGAUCCGUACCUUAGAGAUGGUGGUGUGUAAAUAAGAUACUGUAAAAAAACACAAUGUACAGUUUAAAAAUGCCUUCUCCACAAACUGAAAACAUUCGUCAUUUUGAAACGAACCAUAUAAAUAAAGUGAAAUUGUUGUCACUUCCCAUAUUACGUUUUUACUUAGGAGAAUAGUGUUACAUGUAUAUUUGAUUUUGCUUCUAAAAUGUAAAUAAUGUAGAUCACACUUAUUGACUAUCGUUAACAGUUGUUGCUAAACACUUAUUUAAAGAUGUGCACUUUUUUAUAAGAUAUUUUUUCUCACACAUAUUUUCUAUACACACAAAAUCUUACGAUUAUCAAAAAGUACAACACGACAACUGUACAUAAUUUUCCUCUUUUCAAAAUCAUUCGAAAUUUAUACAAUGAACGCGGGGAGAGGGCUGCGAGGGAUUUUGUUUGUGUUUCAUGCUUAUAUUGCGAUAUUUUUGUAACAUAAGAUCUUCUUUAGGAUGAUUUACGCCUAGUUUCAUAAGAGUAGACACAUAAGAGAGUAGGAAUGAAAAUGUCGUACAGUCGUGCGAUGUGUUCUUGUUGUAAAUGAGAAACACUCGCUGUAAGGAACUAGCAGUACUAAGAGCUCUAUAAUUAUUGUACACAGACAACACAAAAUACACCUUUUAUUGCGUACAUUUGCAAGAAUAAAUCAUUUAUUUUCGAAA